GAAGACCGGAAGCAGAGACUAACCAACUGCGCAGGCGUAAACCACGUACCCGAUCUCUCGCAGCAUCGCGCUGUUUUGGCCCUAUGCUAGCUGUUGCCUGAUCAGUGGUGUGUGUCAAGUCAUACACACUGAGGUUGUGAUUGGGAAGGCAUAGCCGUGGAGAAAGAAAAGGGGGCCACCCUAGACACCCCGCGACGACAUGGCCGGGCAACAGUUUCAGUACGAUGACAGCGGCAACACAUUUUUCUACUUUCUAACGUCCUUUGUUGGACUCAUCGUUAUCCCAGCCACAUAUUACCUCUGGCCCCGAGAUCAGAAUGCUGAACAGCUGCGUCUGAAGAGCCUGCGGAAGGUGCAUGGACGGUGUCUGUGGUACUGCCUCCGCUUGAUGAAGUCUCAGCAGAGCAUCAUACCCACACUGAAGAAAGCAGCCCUAUUGUUUGGCUGGGCUGUGUUUCUGCUGCUGGCCUACAAAGUGUCCAAGCUGGACCGAGAGUACCAGGAGUAUAACCCAUAUGAAGUCCUCGGCCUGGACCAGGGGGCGUCUGUAUCAGAGAUUAAGAAGCAGUACCGUCUGCUGUCGCUGAAGUUCCAUCCUGAUAAAGGAGGAGAUGAAGACUUGUUCAUGAGGAUCGCCAAAGCACACUCCGCGCUGACCAAUGACGAGUCAAGACAGAACUGGGAGACCUACGGCAACCCAGAUGGGCCAAAAGGUACCGGUUCAACCUCUCAAAGUUUUAAUCAUUUCAUCCGAAGUUUUUGCAUCGCUCUGCCUGCGUGGAUCGUAGACUCCAAGAACUCCAUGCUGGUAUUGCUGGUCUAUGGUCUAGCCUUCAUGGUCAUCCUGCCGGUUGUUGUGGGUACGUGGUGGUAUCGGUCUAUACGUUACAGUGGCGACCAGAUUCUAAUCAACACGACACAACUCUUCAUGCACUUUAUGUACAAGACGCCCAACAUGAACAUGAAACGGUUAUCCAUGGUGUUGACGGCUGCGUUUGAGUUUGACCCCCGCAGCAACAAAGAGGCCACCAUACGACCCACGGACAACAUCCAAGUACCACAGCUGAUCCGUGAGUUGGGGAACAUCAACGUGAAGAAGAAGGAGCCUCCAUUCUGCUACCCAUACAGUCUUAAGGCCCGGGUACUGGUGUUGGCUCCCUGGCCUCUGGUGUCUCAGGUCUCUCUCGACCAGAGGUUUGUGGUGAGGAAGAGUCCAGCUCUGCUCCAGGAGAUGGUCAACGUGGGCUGUCAACUCACCAUGAUGGCCAACAGCAGAGGAGGGUUCCAUGCCCCCAGGCUGGUGUCGAUAGAGAACUGUAUGAAGCUGACCCAGAUGAUCGUCCAGGGUCUACAGGAGUCCAAGUCUCCUCUGCUGCAGCUUCCUCACUUUGAAGAGGAGCACCUCCGCUACUGCGUCUCCAAGAAGUACAAGGUGCGUAGCCUGCAGGACCUGGUCAGCCUGAAGGACUCAGACCGUCGGAGCAUGCUCCGUUUCCUUGGCGACGAGAAGUAUGACGAGGUUAUGGCCGUACUCGCCAGCUUCCCGUCCAUCACCAUGGAUACCAAGCUGCAGGUCCUGGAUGAUGAAGACAGCAAUAACAUCACAGCUGGAUCCAUCGUCACAGUUACGGUCACCCUGACCAGGAAGAGGAUGGCGGAGGUGUUUGAGAAGGAGCAGAAUGUGACACCGUGUCUCGGAGUCGGAGAGGAAGCCAGUACAGAGGAUGCUGUCGCGCAGGGGGACGUCAGUAAAACCAAAGCCAAGGUGUGGCAGAACAAGACGAAAGCAGCCAAGAAAACCAAGCAGUCAAAGAAGAAGAAACUCACCAAGAAGAAGCCCCUCCCACUGCCAGCAGCCAAGGCCAAACAGGCCAAUGGGAGCGUGUCAGGAAGUGAGGUGGUUGCCGUGGCGAAGGAAGAUGAGGAGGACAGGUCAGACAAAGGCAGUGAAUCAGAGGAGGGCAACAAAGAUUCUCCGAGCGAGAGAGAUGAGGAGAGUGACAAGCAGAGCGACACGGAGCAGGAUGAGAUCGCCGGGGACGACGAGGAGGUCAGCCCCUGUGUGUGUGUGUGUGUGUGCGUGUGCAUGUGCGCGCGCAUAAAACUCCCCCGAACACAUGGAUACUCGGGUGUGUUCUCAUUCCGACAGGUGGAGCUGAAGUUUCCAGCUCCCUCUAAAACGGGGAACUACCAGUACUCUGUCAUCCUCCGCUCAGACUCUUACCUGGGUCUGGACCAGAUCAGACCCCUCAAGCUGGAGGUGCACGAGGCCAAGGCGGUGUUGGAUAACCACCCCCAGUGGGACAUCCCAGAAACGGAGGAGGAAGACGAGGAACAGGAGGACAGUGACGGGAUUGAGGAGAGCGAAGAGGAGGAUGAAGACAACGACUAAACACACACACAAACACACACAACCACCCCAGGGCAGUUUGUACACACACACAACCACCCCAGGGCAGUUUGUACACACACAC